AUGGAGCACUUCUACCAAUUCCAACGGCGGCUUGUCCUCUUCCUAGGUCUUGGAUUAUUGCUGUCUCUUCUUGCUUCAUCUGCUGUGAAGUGCAAUGCCUUGGAAGGUUCCGGUGAUACAGUAGUCAUUUCUCUCAAUGCAAGAAGCUUAAUUUCCAAUUACAAAGACCUCACCAGCCUCUCUAGAAAGCUUCUGCAAUCUUCCGAUAUUGGCGACGGGACCAAAAGGAUCGGACAAGACUGCUCAAACGAUGACAUUGUUGUCUUUCAAGGCUCAACGGUUCCACUUCCAAAUGGAGUACCUGCAUUUACAGUUGAGAUCUUAAACGCAUGUGCCUCUGAUUGCAGCGUUGCGGAGAUCCACGUCAAUUGUGGCUGGUUCAGCUCGGUCAGACUGGUUAACCCUAGAGUUUUCAGGAGACUCUCCUACGAUGAUUGUCUUGUCAAUGACGGUCAACCUCUUGCACCUGGACAGACACUCUCCUUUCAGUAUGCUAACAGCUUCUCUUAUCCUCUCUCUGUUUCUUCAGUCUCUUGCUUCUAG